AUGGCCCAUCUGGAAGCUCGUAAACAUAUUUCGCCUGAUUCAGGAUUCCCGAUCACACUGCACCCUGCCUUCAAUCCCAAGAUUAAUUCUCAUCAGCCACCGGAACCUGUGCGAGAUGAAGUCUUCCCAGAAAAAGACCGAGCAUUCUUUGCAGAUCCAGAAAAAAGAUCACUGCUCUCUGUGGCCAAGCGCGUAGACCUUACUGAAUCCAUUGGAACCGUACUCGAGAACGUCCAGCUUUCUCAGUUGAAUGAUAAGCAGUUGGAUGAACUUGCAUUACUGGUGGUCGAGCGAGGCGUUAUUUUCUUCCGGAAUCAAGACCUCACCACGGAGCAACAAGUUAAGCUCUUUGAACACUAUGGCGUCCUUGACAGACAUCCAGCCCAGAAGGAUCAAAGGACCCCCGUGAUGGACGAGCUCUAUCAUCAAAGGGAGCCGGGAAGAUCAUCGCGAGAUCCUCUCUUAUACACCCUGGGAGAUUUCCAUGCGGACACUUCUUUCGAGAUCAACCGUAAGGUCCACUCCCUUCAAACACUCUGGCGACGUGCUGAUGAAUGUAUUCCUGAAGCGCCAUCAUAUUCACUUCUUAGGAUGGAGGAGCAUCCAGACGUUGGAGGUGACACUGCGUGGGUUUCGCAGUACGGCCUGUACGACGCUCUGAGCAAAGCGAUGAGGAGUUUCCUGGACGGCCUCCACGCCGUACACACCUCGAGGCUUCAGUAUGACACGAUUCUUGACCUCUGGGGAGUCGGUCCAAACCGGCCUCCUAUUGACACUCAUCAUCCCGCUGUCCGAACACACCCGGUCUCCGGCUUGAAGGCAUUAAACGUCAACCCGGGUUUCGUCACCGGGUUUGCCGAGCUCAAGAAAAAAGAAUCUGACAAGCUCCUUGAAUUCCUCGAUUACCACAUCCAUUCAGCAGACGACCACUAUGUGCGUUGGAAAUGGGCGGUAGGCAGCGUUGCAAUGUGGGAUAAUCGAUGCACUCUCCACCGCGUUAUCCCUGGCACCUAUGAGGGUCCGAGAAAGGGAAUCCGGACCACGGUAUUUGGGGAGAAGCCAUAUUUCGACCCGGCCAGUGAGAGUCGCAAUGAGCGUGCACUACGGCUGGAGGAAGCUGCGACUUCUGGAUCGGCCGAGGGUGACAAGGCUGCCAAAUCUGAUAAAGUUACCGAGAGAUUUCUCCACCUCCCAUCCUCUCCGACUUCUCCAUUUUGUUCACACAAAGACAAUGCUACCCCGGAAAUACGAAUAUAA